AUGGAAUGUACUUAUAUCGGGAACUUUGAUGUACACAAUUUAAACAAAAAAAGGCGUUUAAUUGGACAAGCGAAAGAAAAGGUGAUAUCUUCUGUGGUUAUUAAAAGUGUAUCAUGUGAAACUUUCAGAGAAAAAGAAGCAAAUCGUCUUAUGACUAAUGGAGAUUUCGAACCAGCUGUCAUUCCUACCGGUAAUUGUUUACGGACACUUAAAUCUAAAAAACUGUCAAAUGAACGCCGGAAUAAAGAUUCACUGAUUUCCUAG